CACUCCUUUGUCAAUCAAGCCAGAAACAGUCACUUCUUACAAGAAUUUACCAAUGCAUGGAAUAAGAAGAUCAAACGACUUAACAAGUCCUGAUAAACAAAUAGUUUACAUGAAAGAUUUGAAAAAGGCGUUAGAUGAACUUGAAAAGAAACUAUUGUUGAACGUUUCCUCAAACGAAGGUAAUCAACCUUUGUUGAAAAAAUAUUUGAGAAUGGAUUUGGGAAUAAAAGAUGGAAAAUAUUGUAAUAAUCAACAAGAAACAAAAAAUGAGAUUCCACUAACUUCUAAAAUAAGUCUUGACAAUCCGACAUUGUUGAAUAUAUUUAAUACUCUAAAAAAAAAUGGGCCAUUGAAGAAAGAUUCAAAGCCAAGCGAUGAAGAUCUGAGCUGGUUAAAAAUAAAACUUCUAGUUUAAGAUUUAUUUAAUAGAAAAAAACUCAUUUAAUAUUUUACGUCCGCGUCAUCUGCAUGCGGCUUAACGACAUGGUUUUCGACUAAUAGGGUAGGUAUUGGACUGUAGUAAUAAAAUUACGUGAUAUUUUGUAUAGCGGUAGUUCAUGGGGCUACAAUUUAUUAUUAAAGAGACUAAUUAAAAAAUCACGAUUUUUAUUUAUUUUUUAUAUAAUUAAUUAUUAUUAGCGUCACGCUGUACGGAAGGCGAUUAAUGACGUCACAAGUCGAUAAGCGACAAAUAUUCUUCAAUUUUUUAGCACAAAAAUAUAUUCCCGCAAAAAUUACUCCAGUUUUAUGUUAAAAA